GAAAUGUUUACUGUGAUAUUUGUUCCCACGAAGAUUUCUCAAGGGCCCAUAACUUCAUUUCUGGUCAGCUGUUUUACUACUUGUGAUUUUCCUUCCAGGACUUGCAUUUUGAUCUGUUUAGGCUGAUAUUUAUUACUCACGUGUUCUGUUUUUCUGGGAUUUUGUUUGUGCAGGUGCAUCAGUUGCAGUUGAAUGCAAGGAUGGGGAUUUGAUGCCGAGUUUUCGACAAGAAACGAAGACCAAUGAGCAUGGAGAAUUCAAGUUUCGUUUGCCAUUCUCGGUUCCCAAACGUGUGAAGAAAAUCAAGAGAUGUUCGGUGAAACUUGUGAGAAGCAGUGAGCCAUACUGUGCAGCUGCCCCAUCUGCAACUUCAUCGUCACUCAAUCUCAAGUCAACAAACCAAGGAACCCAGACUUUCUCAGCCGGGUUUCUCAGUUUCAAGCCACUGGAACAACCAAAUCUUUGCAACAAGAAACCAAGUGCUGCAGAUUCCAAGGAAUCCAACACCAAAAGCACCAUGGAAUUUGGGCAGCCGAACUAUCCCGUAUUUCCACCUCCACUUGCACCACCACAGCCUCCUCCGUUGCUUCCAAAUCUGCCUCCAUUACCUCCACUCCCCCCUCUCCCAUCCCUUCCACUGCCCCCUUUUCCACCUAUUCCAGAAAGGAAUUAG